AUGUCCACCACCGCAAUGCACUCGGCCCACGCUGGGCGAGGCCGUAUCCCCGUCUCGGCUACGUCACACCCAGAUAACCCGAUCCCAGAAGAGCCCCGCAGCGUGGCCGACGCCGUCAAGGCUCUAGAUAUAAACCAGGUGUCCAACUUGUCCCACUCGUCGCACUCCGUCGCUGGCUUGUCCGAGAGCGAUUCAGACUCGGCGGAAACUCCCGUCACGGAGCACUCCGACGACGACACCGCCGACAACCAGCUUGACCGUCUAAAGUCGGAACCCGCGCGGAGACGGCGUGCCUCAACCGCGCUGAUUGCAGAGAGUUCAGAGGAUGUGCAGCGCAUCCUGGGAAAUAUUGGUGCUGGCGGUACAACACAGUUGGUUGAGAAAGUGUGCUGUGGUGGAGGUUGUUGCUUGGCGCAGCCUUUGCCUGGUGCCACCACAAACGAGAUCUUGAACCCGAUCGCAACACCCGACAACCAGGCCUUUCGCAGUCUCAACUUGAAGAUUAGGCGUCUGGCAUUGGACAGUGAAUUGACCAGUGUCGUCCCACUGCCGGAAAAGACGGUCUCGUUCUCGCCUGUCCCGGCUGGGUUUGUAGAUGCCAAACUGGGACCCCAGGACCAUCCACCACAGUUUGUGCAGCCUCACCCGCCAUAUGACGUUUUUCGUGCGCCACUGCAUCAUGCUCGUGAACUCACCAAGUCCGGUGCGGAGAAGAAGACGUAUCAUUUUGACAUUGACGUGACAGACUAUCCUGCGGAGAGCGGAGACGUCGAUUUUGUUGUUGGCGGCGCAAUUGGCGUGUGCCCAAUGAACAGCGACGAAGCCGUCGACGGCGUUUUCAACUGCCUCGGCAUCCCCAAGCCCAUCAGAGACAAGAAGGUUACCGUUCGCACCACCAACGGACGCUGGCCGACGAUCUGGGGCGCGGAGCAGGCGCGCGAAUUGACCACUACUCGACGAGAGCUGCUGCGGUGGUGCUCGGAUAUUCAAUCUUAUCCUCCUACGAAACAGCUUUUCCGCGUGCUGGCAGAGUAUGCUUCGGACCCGAGCGAGAAGCAGAUUCUCAUGUAUCUAUGCUCUGCUCAGGGACAGGGCGCUUUCUGUGACUUGCGCACAGGAGUUCAUGUCACGCUUGAGCAACUGCUGCAAGCUUUCCCGUCUACACACCCGCCUCUUGACUAUUUGCUGUCUGUCUUGAACACCCUCAUGCCGCGCUUCUACUCGCUCUCCCAAGACCCAACCAUCUCAUGCACAACCCGCACCGGCGACUGCCGCCGCAUCAUCGAAGUCGCCGUGAGCGUGCACGAAAGUGACGACUGGCGACAUGGCUCUCGCAGCGGCGUCGGGUCUGGCUUCCUGCAACGCCUCGCCGACCAAGUCACCGCCGCCGAGCGCGCAGGCAUCGAUCCCAAGACCCUCGACCUGCACGUGCCCAUGUUCCGCGGCCUAAUGGCAAACCCAUUGGCCCGCGAGUUCGUGCUAGACGGACCCAUGCUCCUAAUCGGCGCCGGCGUAGGCAUCGCACCCUUCCGCGGCUUCGUGCAGCGGCGGCUCAAAUCGGCCAAUUGCGUGAACAAGGUCUGGGUUCUGCAGGGCAUCCGUGACUCGCUCCUCGACGAGUUAUAUAGCGGAGAAUGGGGCGUGGACGAAGAAAAAGUGAAAAAAGUAGUCCAAUCCCGCCGCGGCGAGAGCCGCUACGUGCAGGAGGAAGUGCGCCACCAGGCGGACCUCGUCUGGUUUGUCAUUAAUGCCCUCGACGGCCGCGUGUUUGUGUGCGGUAGUAGCAAAGGUAUGGGCGAGGGCGUCGAGGCCGCGCUGGUGGAUGUCGCCAUGGCCAAGGGCAAUCUGAAUUAUGCCGAAGCGACUGAGUUUUGGGAGCGGAAGAAGGAUGCUGGGCAGUAUAUUGCAGAAACGUGGUAA